AUGUCUUCAGGCAACAUCCCAAUUGAAAACACGAACAUCAACACGGCGCCCGGCGUUGAUCUCUCCCCAGAGCAGAAGACCAUCGUAGGCUCGGUGCUCGACCUCUUCGCCGGUCGGCCGUCCCUCGAGAAGCUCAGCCUCUGGUCAGACGAAGGCACCUUCGAGGAUCCCAUCACCAUCGCGAACGGCCGGAAGCAGUACGAGGCACAGUGGUAUGGCCUGCAAUCCGCCUUCUCCGAGAUCGAGCGGCUCCACCACGAGGUUGUGUCGGCGGGCAACCCGAUCGUCAUGAACCUCAAGACCCGCUACGUGGUCAAGGGCAUCGGGAAGGAGCAAACCAUCGCGUCCGCGGUCAACAUCUUCGUGGGCAAGGAUGGCAAGAUUGAGAAGUUGCAGGACAAGUGGGAUGGCAAGCUGCCGGACAGCUUCUUCUCGAAUGCACUCAGGAACCUCAAUUCUGUCACCGUGCCGAAGAUGAUUGGGGUGCCGAAGAACAAGGAGGAGGAUGCGAAGAGGGGCAACUGA